UUACAGUAUUUUCUCCUUGACCUGAGAUUUCUGGAGUUUGACUGUAAUGUUCCUGGUAGUUUUCAUUUUGGGAUCUCUUUCAGGAGGUGAUUGGUGCAUUCUUUUAAUUUCUGGGACCUCCAUGCCCUGUAUGGAAACUGCUACCCUGAAUCACCAGACCUGCAUGGCCUGACCACUCACCUGUUGCCGCAGGGGCUGGAGUAUUCACAGCUGACCCACUUUGCCUGCUGCUCUAGGUUGGACUUUGGUUGCUCACUUAUGCUGGAGCUAGAAGCCACCCACUGGCUUUGCUGGACACCACCUGCACUGUGUUUUUGUGUGAGUGAGACUGACUUUUCUGCGUUCCUUCUAAGUUGUCUAGAUUGAUGUUGGUGUUCCAGCACGACCCAACCAGGGAACACAGGCUACCGCUCUAGUUAGCUUAUCCUCACCUUUCCUAACAGCCAUGGGCAACAGGAUCACCCUGGGAAACUUCGAGUGGGUUUACACCGAUCAGCCCCACACCCAGCGACGCAAGGAGAUCUUGGCCAAGUAUCCAGCCAUCAAAUCUCUAAUGGGCCCAGAUCCACACUUGAAAUGGAUUGUGUCCUGCAUGGUGUUGACCCAGUUCUGCGCUUGUUACCUGGUCAAAGACUUGUCUUGGCGAUGGGUCUUCUUCUGGGCCUAUGCCUUUGGGGGCUGUGUGAACCACUCCUUGGCCCUGGCCAUCCAUGACAUCUCUCAUAACGUGGCCUUUGGCAACAAAUGUAUUCAGUGGAACCGCUGGUUUGCAGUCUUUGCUAACCUCCCCAUUGGUUUGCCAUACUCGGCUUCCUUCAAGAAGUAUCACAUUGAUCACCAUCGCUACCUGGGGGGUGACAAGCUAGAUGUGGACAUCCCCACAGACUUUGAGUGCUGGUUCUUCUGCACCCCAAUGAGGAAGCUCCUCUGGCUCUUCUUGCAACCACUGUUUUUCGCCCUGCGUCCACUCUUUGUAAACCCCUUGCCUAUCAUGCAGAUGGAGAUCUACAAUGCACUGACCCAGCUUGCUGUCAACCUUGUGAUCUAUACGCUUUGGGGGCUGAAGCCAAUUGUGUACUUUAUCGCAGGCACCCUCCUCUGUGCAGGAAUACACCCCUUCACCGGUCACUUCAUUGCAGAACACUAUAUGUACUUGAAGGGCUAUGAGACAUAUUCCUACUAUGGGCCCCUCAACUGGUUUACCUUUAAUGCGGGCUACCACAUGGAACACCAUGACUUUCCCAGCAUCUCAGGUUUCAAUCUGCCCAUGGUGCGGAAAAUUGCCCCUGAAUAUUAUAACAACUUGCCCCAGCAUCAUUCCUGGGUACAAGUUCUCUGGGACUUUGUCUUCAAAGACACAAUGGGGCCUGCCUCAAGGACAAAGAGGAUCUACACGAAGGCAUCGAAAGAUAUCUAACCUACCUUCCAUUCGAUUGAUAGGGCCAAGUUGGGCCUGGGACCUAACUAGCCUGGAAAAAAAGGUUGGCCCAGAAGUGCUCAAUGUGAAUGGUAGAACCUGAGCUGGUUAUCUGAAAUGGCCAAAAUACUGGAAUUUGUCCUUGUUUAAAUAGAGCAGAAACAACAAACCCCACCCACUCUGUCUUGCCUCCAGGAAGCUCCAGGAGGCCCAUAGAGCUGUAAACCUGAGCCUAUGAUCCAACUUCCCUUUUGUUCCCCAAAGGAUGCUGCUAUAACAACUGGGCACUGAAGAGGAGGGACCUAAGCUGUUCCUUUUCUUAGCACCUGAAGAAAUAGCCUUUGAGAUGGAAUUUGUAUUCUUAUGAAUAUGUUCCAGUCUUCCUGGUGAAAUGUCCCCAGUCAUAAAAAGUCUUUGUACUCAGGGGCAAGGGACCUUGGUUUGAUUCUUGGAUCUGCCAUUAAUAUGCGGGGUGACUGAAUGAAUCAAUUCCAACCUCUGAAUCUCAUUAAUAAACUCGUAGCUCCAACAUUCUACAUUCCAUGAGUCUAAGCUCCCUUCCAGUUUUGAUGUUUUAUGAACCUAACAUUCUCUUUUAUGUUUAUAUAUCACUUAAUGCUUUUCAGAGCAGCUUCCAAAAAUUCUUUGGAGCUCAUUCUCAGGGUCACCAGCCAUGAAAGGGUAGGAAAAAUGUCAACAAAUUGGCCUAUGGGCCUUUCCACUGGAUAUUCCGUCUGGCUUGUGAGGCCUUUGACCAGAGCUAUCCUGCAAAAAUCAAAUGCAAGGAAUGUUUGAAACUUGUGUGUUUCUGAAAGUUUUCUGGACUUAAAAUGAAAUAAAACAAUUAAAUCCCAAAAAAAAGAAUGAUCUUCAUAUCAAGGUAUAGAAGAAAAUUGAUUAACUGAGAAUUAAACCAAAUGAGAAGGGAAACUAGUAACUAGCUUCCACAAACACACAUAUAUACAUAUAUGUGUAUAUAUACACAUAUGCACAUACAUACAUACACAUACAUUUAUAAAUUCUGUGUUAGGUACUGAAAUAAUUUAGACUUGUCAUUGCUAAGCCAUGCCCAGAGAUAUUUUUUGGGGGGAAGGAUUGAAGAACUAGGAAGACAUCAUGGUACUUAAAAUAGACAAAUGCCAUACUCAGUACAGAUUUAUUUGUGAGUUUCACUUAAAAAAAGUCUCAAAAUAUGAGUCUACAAAAUGGGGAUAAUAUUCUUUAGAACCUACUGGACAGAAUUUUUGUGAGUGUCAUAUGAGAUGACCUAAUAAUAUACUUUGACAACAGACUAAUGGUGAGAAAUGUUACUUAUCGCCUGACAGAGAAGUGAUGGACUAAAAAUACAGAAUAAAACACACAUUUUUUUGUUACUAUGA